GUGCGCCCGGCGCAGAGGCUGUGCGGACGGGGAGGGGGUACGCACCCACGCACGGACGUCCUACUUCAUUUGCGCCGGCCGCGGCAGCUCCCGCGUACACCAGCAGCGCUGUCUCUGCUGUCGACAUGCUACGGGCCUGUCAGUUGUCCGGCGUGACCGCUGCCGCCCAGACCCAGUACUGCAUCACCAGGCCCAAUCUUUUUGAGAGUUGUCUCUGUGGGAAGUUUGUCCUCCGUCCAUUGCGACCAUGUCGUAAAUACUCUACUUCAAGGAGUUCUGGGGUGACCGCUGGCAAAAUUGCUGGAGCUGGCCUUUUAUUUGUUGGUGGAGGUAUCAGUGGCACUAUCCUGUAUGCCAAAUGGGAUUCCCAUUUCCGGGAAAGUGUAGAGAAAACUAUACCUUAUUCUGACAGACUCUUUGAGAUGGUCCUUGGUUCUGCACCUUAUAAUGUUCCAUCACCAAAGAAGUCGAUUCCAUCCGGUCCACUAAAAAUCUCUAGUGUAUCAGAGGUAAUGAAAGAAUCUAAACAGCCUGCCUCACAACUCCAAAAACAGAAGGGAGACACUUCAGCUUCAACAACAGCACCUACAGAGGCAGCUCAAAUUAUUUCUGCAGCAGGUGAUACACUUUCAGUCCCAGCCCCUGUGGUUCAGCAUGAGGAGUCUAUAAAAGCUGAUCGUCCUGAAAUUGGUGGAGGAAAACCCACACCUGUAACUUCAGAGGAAGCAUUCUCAUCUUCUAUAAGGGAACGACCACCUGAAGAAGUUGCAGCUCGCCUUGCACAACAGGAAAAACAAGAACAAGUUAAGAUUGAGUCUCUAGCCAAGAGCUUAGAAGAUGCGCUGAGCCACACUGCCUCCAUCACUCUACAGGCGAUUGCAGCCCAGAAUGCUGCAGUCCAGGCUGUCAAUGCCCACUCCAACAUACUGAAAGCAGCUAUGGACAAUUCUGAGAUUGCAGGUGAGAAGAAGUCCGCUCAGUGGCGCACAGUGGAGGGUGCCUUGAAGGAACGCAGAAAGGCUGUAGAUGAAGCUGCCGAUGCCCUUCUCAAAGCCAAAGAAGAGUUAGAGAAGACGAAGAGUGUAAUUGAAAAUGCAAAGAAAAAAGAGGUUGCUGGGGCCAAACCUCAUAUAACUGCUGCAGAGGGGAAACUUCACAGCAUGAUAGUUGAUCUGGAUAAUGUGGUAAAAAAGGUCCAAGCAGCUCAGUCUGAGGCUAAAGUUGUAUCUCAGUAUCAUGAGCUGGUGGUCCAAGCCCGAGAUGACUUUAAACGAGAACUGGACAGUAUCACUCCAGAGGUCCUUCCUGGGUGGAAAGGGAUGAGUGUUUCUGACCUAGCUGACAAGCUGUCUACUGACGACCUGAACUCCCUCAUUGCUCACGCACAUCGACGUAUUGACCAGCUAAACAGAGAGCUAGCAGAACAGAAAGCCACAGAGAAGCAGCACAUCACAUUGGCUUUGGAAAAACAAAAGUUAGAAGAAAAGCAGGCAUUUGACUCUGCGGUGGCGAAAGCAUUAGAACAUCAUAGAAGUGAAGUACAGGCUGAGCAGGACAGAAAGGUAGAGGAAGUCAGAGAUGCCAUGGAGAAUGAGAUGAGAACCCAGCUUCGCCGACAGGCAGCUGCCCACACUGAUCACUUACGAGAUGUCCUUAGGGUACAAGAACAAGAACUGAAGUAUGAAUUUGAGCAGAACCUGUCUGAGAAGCUCUCUGAACAAGAAUUAGAGUUUCGCCGUCUGAGUCAAGAACAAGUUGACAGUUUUACUCUGGAUAUAAACACUGCCUAUGCCCGACUGAGAGGAAUCGAGCAGGCUGUUCAGAGUCAUGCAGUUGCUGAGGAAGAAGCUAGAAAAGCCCACCAAAUCUGGCUUUCAGUGGAAGCACUAAAAUACAGCAUGAAGACCUCAUCAGCAGAUUCACCCACUGUCCCUCUGGGGGGUGCGGUUGAGGCCAUCAGAGCCAGCUGCUCUGAUAGUGAGUUUGCCCAAGCAUUAACCGCAGCUAUCCCUCCAGAGUCCCUGACUCGGGGGGUGUAUAGUGAAGAGACCCUGAGGGCCCGUUUCUAUGCUGUCCAGAAACUAGCCCGAAGGGUAGCCAUGAUUGAUGAAACCAGAAACAGUUUGUACCAGUACUUCCUCUCCUACUUGCAGUCGCUGUUGCUGUUCUCCCCUCAGCAACUGAAGCCACCAGCAGAACUCUACCCUGAGGAUAUCAACACAUUCAAGUUACUCUCGUAUGCCUCCUAUUGCAUUGAGCAUGGUGACCUCGAGCUGGCAGCGAAGUUUGUCAAUCAGCUGAAAGGGGAGUCCAGACGUGUGGCACAGGACUGGCUGAAGGAAGCCCGAAUGACCCUAGAAACUAAACAGAUAGUGGACAUCCUGACAGCAUAUGCCAGUGCUGUAGGAAUAGGAACCACGCAGGUGCAGCAAGAGUAAGGUCUAGGAAGAGCAGGGUAAUGUCAUUUUAUGUCAGAGGAGUCAGCAGUGAUAUAUGAAGGGUUUGCAGCAAGGGUCCCAGCACUGUCUAGAAGUGAGCAGGCUCCAAGUCCUGUGCUAUUUGUUAACACCUGUUGCGUUCAUCUUCCCACUUGCUAUCAUGUCAGUGAACUCCAGGAGUGCUUUCUUUGCAACUUGUGUAACAUACCCUGUUUUUCAGGUUUUACUGAUAAGGCUUGUGAGCCAUUCAAAAUAAUGUUUGUGAUCCCUACUAUUGAUUCUUCCCUUGGAGCAAACUGAAUAAAGGAACAUGAUGAAAUCUGU